AUGCCCGUAGGACAAGGACAACUGACGUUCUCAAGUGUCUUCCUCUGCGGUCUCAUCGUAUACGCACUGUUUUCCCACAUGAUGAAGCGAUUCUGCGCCUUGCCCUUCUUCUUCUCCGGCAUUUUAAUGGGCUACGCGAAGGUUAUCACCCCUAAGGUGGUCAUUGUUGAUUUCUACAACGACGAGGCUAAUAUUUGGCACGGGAUUCCUGAGUUCGACUUGCUCGCGCGUAACAUCAGCGUCCCUGGCUUGUCGAGCAUGUACCCUCAUGUCCACUGCACAUCUAAUGGCGAGAUCUGUCAACUCAUCACCGACGAGGGCGAGAUAAACGCGGCGGCCAGCACAACCGCAUUUGUUCUUUCGCCGAUGUUCAACCUCACGAGCAGCUACUUUCUCCUCGCUGGCGACGCCGGAAUCAACCCCAGAGUCGGGACCCUUGCGUCAGUCGCAUUCGCCCGGUUUUCAGUGCAGGUCGCCCUCCAGUAUGAGUUCGACGCGCGAGAACGACCAGAGGGCUCCCCGACCGGCUACAUUCCGCAGGGAACAACGGGUUAUGGCCAAUACCCGGGGUUCAUCUAUGGAACCGAGGUCUUUGAGUUGAACGAUGCAUUGAGGCGCCAUGCGAUAGGCUUUGCACGUAGGGCGACGUUGAACGACUCCGCCUCCGCACAAGCGUACCGCGAGACGUACGCUAGCGAAGCUAAUUUCCUUCCAGCACUGUUGCCGCCCUCUGUGCUAUCCUGUGAUACAGCCACGUCAGACGUCUGGUUCUCCGGAGAUAUACUCGCCGAUACGUUCGAGAACACGAUGACCCUCUUUACAAACGGCUCCUCUCAGUAUUGCACGACGCAGCAGGAGGACAGCGGGGUCCUAGCGGCAUUGGUGCGCGCCAACGUCGCCGGUCUUGUCGACUUCACACGCGUUAUGUCGAUGCGCACUGCGUCGGACUUCGACAGACCCGCCCCUAACCAGACAGCCGCAGACAACCUUUUCAAUGGUCAGGAUGCAGGGUACGACGCGGCUGUCAUGAACAUCUACCUCGCAGGAGUGCAGGUUGUGCAAGGCAUCCUCGGCGGCUGGAACGACACGUUUGCCGAUGGAGUGAAACCCCAGAACUACGUCGGUGACAUUCGCCAAACCCUGAACAGUACUGUUGCACCGGAUUUUGGUCCGGAUCUAGACGCUUAG